AAGGUCAGGUUGAUUAGUGAUGCAUUUACCCUGUUUAUUUACUGGAAUAUAACACGUUUAAUAGUUUGUGAUAGUUAUAGGUUGUAUCGUCCAGACUUCGGUCAAAGAUGUGCAGUUGUCAUUAAUUGGUACAGGUGUACUUCGUCCGUUUACAUGCGAGCGCAUAUGGCGUUACUGCUUUAGAUCGAUAUUAUUGCAUCCGCUUUUGGCUCUCAACUAGCUGACUCCUGGCUUUUCGUUGGAGAUGCAGAUUUAAAAUCGCACACAUGACUUUGGGAUCGAUAUACCACCGAAUCGAAUUAGUCUUGUAACUUUUAGGUGAUAUUAUUGUGAUAAAUAGAACAGAGGAAAGGAGGUUAAAAGUAUUUCGACUUUGAAACGAAGGUUGAAGAAAUAAUUAUCUCUUGGAUUAUACAAUAUUGUGAUAUUUACUAGUCUUUUUUAAAAUUGACCAAGUGUUUCUUGUGCAUCGCAUGUCAAUCAUCACUUAUUAAGUGAAAAAUCAUAUUUCAUCAGCAAUCGCAUUUCUUGUUCUCUCAUUUGGAAUACAUUUUACAACCUCGAUGAGUUGUGCUACACGAAUACCAAAACCGAACUUGAACUUGCGACUAAAUUUACGAAAUGUGGCUCACAAACAGCAGACGAACUUUGAAAAGCCAGGUGUUGGCGGGGGUAAUCUUAGCCCGAACUUACAGCCUGCCACACCACCAACUUUCCCAAAUAAUAAACCUCUCACUGCCACAAAGAUAGCAGAUAAAUAUCUGCUACUUAAUCGACUCGAUGGUAGCAUCCUUAGACGUUGUAUUCAUAUUGAAAGUCAACAAGAAUAUGUUUGCAAGGUAGUGCCAAAUGAAAGGUAUCGAGACGUAUUGCGGGGCCAUUUUAGGUUGGAUUCCCAUCCACAUUUAAAUUCUAUAGUGGAGGUGAUUGUUGGAAAAUCUAGUACAUACAUAGUGUUCCAAAGAUGCUAUGGUGAUCUACACUCCUACGUCCGGAAUAAAAAAAACCUUCCAGAAAGAGAAGCCCUUCCGCUUUUUAGGCAAGUGGCAUCUGCAGUGGCAGCGUGUCAUUCAGCUGGCAUUGUGUUGCGGGAUCUGAAGCUCAGGAAAUUUGUCUUUAAAGAUCCACAAAAAACACAAUUAAAGUUGGAAACACUAGAUGAUGCAGUGGUCUUAGAAGAGGAUGAUGACUGGCUAAAUGAUAAACAUGGUUGUCCUGCUUAUGUGAGCCCAGAAAUUCUUAGUCCCACCAGCAACUACUCUGGGAGAGCUGCUGAUUGUUGGAGUCUGGGUGUCAUGCUGUACACAAUGUUGGUUGGUCGCUACCCCUUCCAUGACUCAGAACCAAGUGGUUUGUUCAAUAAAAUCCGCAGGGGGUGCUUCACAGUCCCAGAUCACUUAUCCUCUAAGGCCAAAUGCCUCAUCAGGAGCCUUCUAAGAAUGGACCCUUCUGAAAGGCUAACUGCAGAAGAAGUACUAGAUCAUCCAUGGUUCAAACACUCUAAAUUUAUUGACGAACUGCCUGGGUCAUCAGACCAAAUGGUACCCGAUAAAGAAUUCUGUGUUGAGGAUGAUUCUCCAUUUAUAUGAUUGUAUUGGACUACUAUUUGUGUAUCGUCAGAUGUGGCAGCUACUCAUGCAAAUAUGACGACAUCUAUGGAGCCAAUGGAUAUCUUAAUUUUUCCUAAAAUUCUAGCCAUGUAUGUGGUGAUAGUGUGUGUGGCAUUUUUUCCUAGAUUGAUUUCUCAUAGAUUAUUUAUCUUUUUUUAAUAACAAAUAUUGUAAAUGAAAAUUGUCAAUAGAAAUUUUUUUAAAUUUUGUUCAGAAGUACAGUUAUUGUUGAUUCUGGUGAUAGAAUUUAAAUUGCUGUAUGUAAAUUGCUUCAAUCCUGUGGACUACCAUAACUGAUGAGAAUUAGAUGAAAAUACCUCAUGUGGCCAACGGGUUAGAUGACAAAAUGAUAGUAUCAUUGCACUGCCAAUUGCUCUCCAAAGUCGCAUUUCGAUUAUCAAAUUGUAUUGUCUGCAUGGUUGUUGUUUCACAUUUGUUACAUGUUACUUGUCAUACUCAACAUCAAAUUCCCUUUGGGGUGGGAACAAAUGACUAAGUUAGUUAGUUCCCUGUAGAUUUGUUAUAUAAAUGUUGUCUAUUCUGUGAUGUCAAUUCAUUGUUACCUGUUUUCUUGUACUGGAUGCUUUUUCUCAGUAAGUUCGUAACUCCCUGUGAGAAAGUGGUUCCAUUAUUUUCUGUAGAUGGUACUUUGUUCCUCGUUUGAAAAAUCAGCUGGCAGAGCAGAAAUUUUUCUUUACAUAGCAUUGUAUUUUAAUAGAUAGAAAAUUCUAUACUUUUAAGUAUAAACCUGCUUUCUCUUAGUAUUAUAAAAAAAAUAUUAUAAUAAGGUUUAUGUAAAAUUAAUUGAAUUUGAAAUUCCAAGAAUGGGUCAUUUAGGAAUAUCAAAAAAUUGAAAACUUAAUCCAUUUAAAUCUGUAAAUAAUCAUAUUAUGCUCUGCUUGCAGUAAAUGUCUUUUGAUUUGCUUUCAAAGCAUGGAUUUAUUUGUGGUCAUACAACUUUUUGAUAACGAUUCUUGUCAUCAGCUUGUUCUCUGAAGUACCCAUGACUUCAAAAAACAAAUCUUACAUACCUUUCUAUAUGCAGGUUAUUUAAUGACACAUAAAUAUAUAGAUAUAUCUGCUAUAUAAUUUGCCAGAUCUACACUCGGCAAUAUCCUAAGCAAAGGGUUUUGUGAAUGUUAAAUGUUUAGGGAGAAAUAAUUUUGUGAACAUCGAAUAUGUGGGAAAAACAAUGAAAAAAAAAAUGACCAAGUAUGCUCUAGAAUAUUUUAUCAAUUGUGUACUUGGCUUAUUUUUAUACACUUAGAAUAUGUUACAGAAUUUUAAUUGCUAUGUUAUAGUUGUUUGUAUUCUACCCUUUGCUUUGGAAUGGUGCAAAACUAUUUUCAGUGUUUAGAACCUGUAUUUGUGUAAGAAAUGAAUGUAACUGUCUAAAUACAUUAGAACUUAACUAUGCCACUCCAUUAUUAAAAAAAAAUCGACUGCCUUUACAUUUCUAAAUAGAAUUUAUGACAGAUAUUAUUGAUUCAGAAUGUAUUUGCAUAUUUUUGUCUUCAUAAAUAGUAGAUUAAAAAUAUCUAUGAUUUUAUUGUUUAGAAUAUUAUUAUGAGCAUGAAAGAAAAAUCGCAAAUUUUAAUUGGUGUCGGAUGUUUUUUUCAGCUCUCAAAACUGCUAUUGCAAAGCUUUCUUUUUGUUGAGCAAUUUUUGAUCAGUAGAUAAAAUGCCAAAAUGAAUGUGAAUUACUACAAAAUCAUUUAUUUUUUGACAUUUUUGUUUUCCAUUCAAAUAUAAAUUGAACGUUUUGUAAUGUUCUUACGGAAUUGUGUGAUGUCCUGACUGCUUUGUUUGAAGCACCACAUAUCAUUCACAUCUGUAUUAUAAUCAUAAAAUGGAUAUAAGUUAAUGUAUUAUGUAUCAGACCAUCAAAUAAUCCUGUAACUUAAGUACUUAGAAUGAAAUCUUUUACAUAACAGUUUGUAAUCCAGUUAAUCAGUGAUUAAAAAGUCUGGAUACCUUCAAUUUGAAAUGAAAUAUCUCAACAAUGUUGUAUAAUCCCUAAUCGUAUGUUAUUGUGAUACAGUUUUCUCAACCUUCUAGGCUUGAGAUAGGACAAAAAAUCGAAUUAAUCCAUUAUUUAUAUGAAAUGAAAAAGAAACAUAGAUCUUAAAAUGUGCUUAUGCUUUUUAUAAUUGUAAACUCAAAGUUCAUAAAUGUGAUCUUGGAAAAUCCAUAUGUAUAUUUUUUUUCAUAAGAAGUUACAUUUCUUUUGAGUGAAAAUAAAUGACUUCUUAUUGCAAUAUAUCUGUAAAAUUUUUAUUUCAGUGAAUGGCUCCAUGUUACUAAAUUAUCAUUGCAUUGUUUUUCAUUUCAUUGUUUAGAGAUGUUCAAUAAAAGAUGGAACACAGAGUUAAA